UCCGGGGCCGGGCUCAGGCGGGGACCGGGAGCGGGACCAGACCGCUCACCCCGGGGCUCGUGCGCUGUCCCAGCUGCUCCUGCUCCCCCCGGGCUCCGCGGGCACUUCCCCUCCUGCUGCCCCCCAGCCAUGGCCGAGCCCAGCCCCGGCAAGUUCCACUUCGCCAUCGACCGCGGCGGCACCUUCACCGACAUCUUCGCCCGCUGCCCCGGGGGGCGCGUCCGGGUGAUGAAGCUGCUGUCCGAGAACCCGGCCAGCUACCGCGACGCGCCCACGGAGGGCAUCCGCCGCAUCCUGCAGGAGGAAUGUGGCACUCCCUUUCCCCGCGACCACCCUCUGGACGUAUCGCGGAUAGAGUGGAUCCGCAUGGGGACCACGGUGGCCACCAACGCCCUGCUGGAGCGCAAGGGGGAGCGGAUCGCCCUGCUGAUCACCAAGGGCUUCCGGGAUCUCCUGCACAUCGGCAACCAGGCCCGGCCCAGAAUCUUUGACCUGACGGUGGCAAUGCCCGAGGUGCUGUAUGAGGAGGUGGUCGAGGUGGACGAGCGGUUGAUCCUGCACAGCGCCGGUUGCCAGCUCCCCGGGGCUGACCCCGGCCAGGCACUCUCAGGCGUGACGGGGGAUUUGCUGGUGGUGCAGCGCCCCGUGGACCUGGCCAUGCUGCGGAGAGACCUGCAGCGACUGCUGGCGCGGGGGAUCCGGAGCCUGGCAGUGGUGCUCCUGCACUCCUACGCCUGGCCAGCCCAUGAGCAGCAGGUGGGGGCGCUGGCCCGAGAACUGGGCUUCCAGCACGUGUCUCUGUCCUCCUCGGUGAUGCCCAUGGUGCGGGUGGUGCCGCGCGGAUACACCGCCUGCGCCGACGCCUACCUGACCCCCUGCAUCCGCCGCUACCUCGAUGGCUUCCGCACCAGCUUCAACCAGCAGCUCCAGGACACCCAGGUGCUCUUCAUGCGCUCCGACGGGGGCUUGACCCCCAUGGGGCAGUUCAGUGGCUCCCGGGCCAUUCUGUCUGGCCCCGCCGGCGGCGUUGUGGGCUACGCGAUCACCACCUACAGCCAGGAGGACGGGCAGCCUGUGAUCGGCUUUGACAUGGGAGGCACCUCGACGGACGUCAGCCGCUACGCCGGCGAGUACGAGCACGUCUUCGAGGCGACCACGGCCGGGAUCCGCAUCCAGGCCCCCCAGCUGGACAUCAACACUGUGGCGGCCGGCGGCGGCUCCGUGCUCUUCUUCCGGUCCGGGCUGUUUGUGGUUGGUCCCGAGUCCGCGGGGGCCCAUCCUGGCCCCGCCUGCUACAGGAAGGGGGGCCCCCUGACAGUGACCGACGCCAACCUGAGCCUGGGCCGCCUGCUGCCCCAUUACUUCCCCCACAUCUUCGGGCCGGGUGAGGACCAGCCGCUGUCGCGGGACACCGCCCUGCAGGGCUUCCAGGAGCUCACUGCCCGCGUGAACGCCUUCCUGGCCAGCCAGGCGCCAGGCCCCCGCCCCCCUCUCACCGUGGAGGAGGUGGCCAUGGGCUUCAUCCAGGUGGCCAACGAGGCCAUGUGCCGGCCCAUCCGCUCCCUGACCCAGGCGAGAGGCCAUGACACCUCGCACCACGUACUGGCCUGCUUUGGGGGUGCAGGGGGGCAGCACGCCUGCGCCAUCGCCCGUGCGCUAGGCAUGAAGAGGGUGUUCAUUCACAG